UGUAUUACAUUCCUGAAGAUGGCGUCAAACUGGAAGUUGUUGACAGUCUCAUAUGGCAGGAAAAUUAUUCUUUUGGCGCUUCUGUUGAACAUUGACGUUUGUUUAGGUGCUUCACUUGUUCUUUCGGGUUCAUCGCCUUCUGCAGUUUGUAACCAGUCUUUCACACUGACAUGUAUUGUGCCACAGGCUUCUGAUAUUAAUGACAGAGUCCUAUUUUUAAAAACAACAACAGUUAAUGAAUUUGCUUCACUGCUUCAGAAUAUGGCAACAUGUGUCGUGUUUAAUCCUGCACCAUCAGAUUACUCUGCAUCCUGUGGAGAUGGAACAGACAGCAGCUCGUCCACCACUAAGAAGUAUUCUCUGGAGAUCAACAGAGUUGCAGACGGUGAUACUACAGAUUGGUGGUGCAAGCUGGAUAAUGCUAAAAAAUACAGCAACAUGUUUUCUCUGACGUUUAUUACUUCUACAGUUCCCAGUCCAGAGAGUCAGGUUUCGGAAUCGAGCAUUAUCAUAAUAGUAGUGGUUGCUGUUCUAUUGGUCGUCGCCAUUGCAGUAUCUUGGUUCUGUUACAAGAGAAUGAAGCAGCAACCGAAAUCUAAGGAAGAGCAAACUGAAAACAAAACUCAAGAGGCUGAAGAUGAAAAGGGUCAAGAUGACAAAUGACAAUUCUUCUUUUGGACCGAUAGAUUAAUCAAUUGUGAAGUUAUUUUAAUGGAAUCCAUCAACCAUUUGACGUUUUGUGACCAAUCAAGUACAGCAUAUAAUAUUUCAAGUUGUUUUUCUUCUAGUUCUCUGGUGGUCAGUGGACUAACAAAUAUGUUCAGUGUUCGUCUUUAAAACACAACAGGGGUUGAAAUACUAUUAUAGAAAAUCGGGGCAGAUUUUUGCACGAAUUAAACCAAAAUGCCCGAAUCUGGAUAUGGCCGAACCCUCGUUCGUCAACGUUUUAUUAUUAUUAUUAUUAUUAUUAUUAUUUCCUGUGGUAACUAAAGCUUUGCUCAGCUAGUAAAUAAAACCUGCAUUGCUUUCUCUUAAAACUAUUAAAAUAGUCUAUUAACGCAAGAUCUAUAUGCUGGCUUGGACAAUUAGCCGUCUUUAAUUUCUCUCUAAAACAGGUCCUGUUGUUCUCAAUUAGUAGCAAGGCUUGUUUUUAAAACAUUUCCCAUCAUUUUUGAAGUCAUAAAAAGUGUCCUGGCUAUAUUGAAAAUAUUUAGGGUACCAAGGCAAAGGAGGUGACACCAUGGCCAUUGAGGAUGGAUCAGGUAGAUGAGGAGGUCGUAAAAAAACCCACCUAAAUAUACCGACCUUCUCUAUGCAAUCCAUGCUUUUAAAAAAAAGAAAUAGAAAGCUGCAUCCCCGCAUCAAUUCUGGAACUUUGGUCUGACCAGAGACUGACUCGUUUUUUCUUCUUCAAUUAUUCAUAUUAGCAUUAACGCUAAACUGAUUUAUACGGUUGCAAACGAAUCACUGGUUCAUUUGUAUCUCAAUUACAACCAAUAUUGUGGAUAGAAUAAUGCAAAUACAUGGUGGAAUUGUUUAGGCCAGCUGAUUUUGCCCUAAUAUCUCCAAAACUAAACAUUACAGUGAUAGAGCUAAUCAGAUAUCUGGAUGGGUUUUUGUUUUGUUUUGUUUUGUUUUUUUCUUAAUUAAAUUCUUGUUCAUUGGCAGAAUUAAAUUCUGUAUCUGGUUAUGACCUUAGAGAUGUUUCAUCACUGGUAUGUGUUUGUUGUUGGUGGGUUGUUGUGUUGCUUUUUUUUUUGUUUAGGGUUUUUUUGUCAUUGCGACUAUAGGGGGAAAAAGUGGUAACUCAAUAUUUCAAUAUUUCAAUAUUUUUUGCGUUCACAUAAACAAGAAUUCGAAGCUAAAGAUUCGGUAUAAAUUCAGCGAAUUUAAUGUUGCAGGCCUAUAUUCAGCAUAUUAAGUAAGGGGAUCGACUUUGAAUCAGGCGGAACUCGUGUGGAGGGCGUAAUCAACGGAUGGAAAGGGGAUUAUCCCUGACACAAAAAAUCUUAAGAGCCGUUCAAGCGUGCUUUAAGCUGCUUUGGAUUUUUAAAGUCAUGCUUUUAUUAUUUCGUUAAUAAGAAUUUAUUUGAUCCAGCCCACUGAAUAAACUGCAGACAGCGUAACCUUUAAAAAAUGUGUUUUGUUUAACAACACCACUAGAGAACAUCGAUUUAUUAAUACAUCAGCUAUUGGAUGUACAUAAUGUGUUAGUGACGUAAUUGCGUUAUUACUAAAUUGUCUGAACUAAAGUGAAUGUGCGUGGGGGGGGGGGACUCCGACCCCCCCCCCCCCACACACACACACACAUCUGGUUACGGACCAGUAUCGUGUCAUAAAAUAAAACAGAAAAAUGCACAUCAGUGCACAACACUACAAAGGAAAUUGUUUAAAUAAUGGCUUUAAAAUCAAACGACACACUCGAAUUCAUAGUGUUUGACACUAGCGUAGGCAUAUUUUUAUACUGUGGGAGGGCCAAGCUACACUAUGUAUGUACAGGUAUAAUUUUAUAAAAUUUAAUUCAGUUUGACUGGGGGCAUCGCAUGACACACACAGACACACAAACACACAUACACACACACACACGCUGGUUUCUGACGCUGCCGCAUGAAUUGGAAUUUUAGCAAAGGGAACCCUAACGUUAAUAACAAACGUGUUCGUCCUUCAAAAGCUCCAUUCCCAGUCUGGAGCUCCACGCGGUAAGACGUGUUUGUUUCGCUUGUGCACACUGCACGUGCUUUCGUGUGCUCGACUUGGGGGUCCUUCAUUUCGUUGUUUUUGUCAGCGAAAUGAA